AUGUACGUACAUACACACACAUGUACAUGCACACACACACAGACACAUGACACAUGUACACACACACAUACAUGUACAUACAUGCAGACACAUGUACAGGCACAGACACAUGUACAUACACACAGACACACACACACACCCUAUAAAAAGUUGCAGCACUUCGUUGUUCACUCACAGAGCCGGGUACUGCACUCUAGGGGGAGGCAGAGAGCACAGCACACACUCCCUCCUUUACUUUCACUGUGCUCAGCUAUUGAGCAGUCUGACAGCUCCCAGUGCCAAUGACAGAUCCAGCCUGAGUUCCGAGCCUGCUCAGCAAGACGGCCCUGGGACACUGGCCCCCACCAUAAUUUCCACUCGCCAUUGGCGAGCAGGUGGGUGGAAAUUUCAAGGCCUGGUAUAUAGC